AUGGAUUCAAAUCACCAAAAUGAUCUGCGGUACGAAUGGGUUCGAUCCACAUCUAGCCUAAAAUCAGGAUCCAGGACUCCCAAAGGUACAGAAGAUGCACCAAUUGUGCCUCCUUUGGAGUUGGUAAGCAUGAGUCAACCGGGCGAUUCUACGAUUCUUGAUCCUGAAGAAUUGACCAAUACGGACCCUUAUGGGUUUAUUACAGAAAACGGCUCAGAAAAUCCCAAACGUCAGCCCGAGGAUGGCUCCAAUUUUGAUGCGAGAAGCAGUGUUAGCCAGGUUGUUAACCCAAUAGACUCGUCGUAUGCCACGCUUCAAGAAGUUGGUCGACGUCACGAUGACGAAAAGCAGGCGAUCGAAGCACGCUGGAAUACGUUUUGCAAUGAAGUGAUGAAACUACGAAAUGAACGUAAUCAGGAAGAAACCUUUGUACCGACAUUCGGAUUGAAGGCUCUCGAACUCAAAACCUUGGAUAGACAAAUCUCGUUCAAGGAAGACUCCUACUUAAAAAGACUCCAGUCACUUAUAUCCAAACAAGGAAUACCCCCUGGCUCACGGUCCAAGUUUUGGUUUGAACUUUCUGGAGCGUCGAAUAUACGUGUACCAGGAGAGUAUAAUCGAUUGGUGGAGUUGGCAAAAAUGCACGCCAAUGACCCAUCUUUGAUUCAAUCAUUUAACCAAAUCGACUUGGAUCUACAUCGAACAAUGCCGUCCAAUGUGUACUUUCACAAUAGCACAACUUCUUUACCUGGUCCAUUGCAUCACCGUCUCAAACGUAUCUUGGAUGCGUUUGUCGUCCUACGGUCUGAUAUUGGUUAUGUUCAAGGAAUGAACAAGAUUGUUGGAAAUUUGUUGAUCGCCGAUAAAAGGGUUACAGAAGAGGAUACUUUUUGGCUCUUUGUGUCGCUCAUUGAUGAGAUUCUUCCUACUUAUCAUGGUGAGAGUUACUUUUCUCCCUCCAGCUUGAAACAUAUUCGGAAUGCUCAAACGGAACUUGCACAAGUUCAAUUUGCCUUGUUGAUGCCCAAACUCUAUGCUCACUUGAAGCAGCUCGAUGUUCAAAUAGAAUUCAUCACCAUGAACUGGUGGCUUCUGGUAUUCACCGAUAUUUGCAAUCUGAUGGAGCUAUGGUACAGGGUAAUAGAUAAUCUUCUUGUUUCCGACAAGAGCGAAGACUUUCUCAAAGCCCUCAGUUUGGGAAUUUUCAAGCACUACGAAAAGAAACUACUUUCACUAGAUAACUACGACGAUGUCUAUGUGCUCAUGAACAGAAAUGCCACAAGAAACAUUGGGUUUCGAGAGUUGAUGGAAAUAACGAGAGAGCUUGAGCGAAAGAUAGGAAAAAUGGAAAAGGACUGA